AAACAUAUUUUACAAAUAAUCUCACUUCAUGGUUUUCCACCAACCUAAUUCACUUGUUUGUUUUGACUAAAAACUUAAAUUUGAAGAAAAUUUUUUAGAAACAGGAUAAAAUAACACACUCGUUGGCUUUUAUCUUUCAAUUCACCCGGGAGAUGGAUGGAUGAUUGUGGAUCAAAUAAACAAGGCCAAUCCAAUUUGUAUUAUCCACAGCCACUUGCCAGAGCCUUACAAGUGCUCUGCCUCUAAGCCGAUCAAGGACGAAGAAAGAAAAAGCAACAUAACCAGAGCAUAACAAUGGCGGCUUCUCUUUCUUCCCCCUUAACAUCAGCUUCCUCCGUUCUCUUCUCCUCUUCAAACUACCCCUCCCUUCCAUCUUUCUCACCUUCUCAACGCCUCUGUUUUUCCCACUCUGCUCUCUCUUCUUCUUAUUCAGUUUCUCCUGCCCUCUUCACAUUCCCUUCCCCUCGCCUCUCCGCCACCGCCGCCGUUUCCUUCUCCGUCAGGGCUGCCACCGCCUCUGGAGAGAAGAAGAAGGUCCUCAUAGUCAACACCAACAGCGGCGGCCAUUCAAUUAUUGGGUUCUACUUCGCCAAGGAGCUUCUGGGUUCCGGCCAUAAUGUCACCAUCCUCACCGUCGGAGAGGAAGGCUCCGAUAAGAUGAAGAAGCCUCCCUUCAACAGAUUCAGUGAAAUUGUGAGCGCUGGAGGUCGCACCGUAUGGGGAGACCCGCCGGAAAUCGGGAAAGUCCUCGCCGGCGAGACGUUCGAUGUUGUGCUCGACAACAAUGGCAAGGACCUCGAUGCUGUCAGGCCGGUAGCAGACUGGGCAAAAGAGACGGGAGCGAAGCAGUUUCUGUUCAUCAGUAGUGCCGGAAUUUACCUGCCGACCGAGGAGCCUCCCCAUGUUGAAGGCGAUGCCGUGAAAGGCAGUGCUGGCCACGUUGGAGUGGAGAAGUACAUGGCCGAGACAUUCAGCAACUGGGCUUCCUUCCGGCCGCAGUAUAUGAUCGGCUCUGGCAACAACAAAGACUGCGAGGAAUGGUUCUUCGACCGAAUUGUACGGAACAGGCCGGUUCCAAUCCCGGGAUCAGGGAUGCAACUGACCAACAUUUCGCACGCCAAGGAUCUGUCGUCGAUGCUCACGCUGGCUGUGGAGAAGCCGGAAGCAGCGAGUGGGAACAUAUUCAACAGUGUGAGCGAGAGAGCAGUGACUCUGGAUGGAAUGGCCAAGCUCUGCGCGAAAGCUGCUGGGCUCCCGGUUGAGAUCGUCCAUUAUGAUCCCAAAGCUAUCGGGGUCGACGCCAAGAAAGCUUUCCCCUUCAGAAACAUGCACUUCUAUGCUGAGCCACGAGCAGCAAAGGAAAUUUUGGGAUGGCAGGGAACCACAAACUUGCCUGAGGAUCUGAAAGAGCGGUUCGAGGAGUAUGUGAAGAUUGGUAGAGACAAGAAGACCAUGGCUUUUGAGUUGGAUGAUAAGAUCCUGGAAGCCCUCAAAGUUCCUGCAGCUGUGUAGAAGAGCCAACUGCCUACAAGCUGCGACUUUCAGCAUUUUACCUAUAUAUACAUUCUCUAUCUUCUACCCUGAGUUUUGUAUGGCAUCAUUUUGCCUCCUUAUCUGAACAAGGCGUGAUUUGGCUAGGAGAAUCCUGGGGGGAAAAAAUAUGAAAAGUAACUUCCUUUUGAACUCUGAUACUUUCCCGGGGAACCACAGGACAAAUCCACAUUUCCACCAAACAAAUGGGUUUCUCCUAGAUCCGUCUUAUUCAUAAAUCCAUCCACUUGUCAAAAUUUCAUCAAAUUGGAAAACCAUCAACUAGGAUAUUCACCGCCCAAACACACAUUUUUAGCACAUUCAUGAAUCAUGUCUGUCUAUAUCUGCACAAGCAACGGAUAUGACGGUAAUUACAGAAACCUAAUAAGCAUUGGACAAUCCUAGUUUGUAAUGGAAAUAUGAACACAAAAGCACUACCUUGCUACUAGUUGUUAAGAACCUCAAAUUUGAGGGCACAUCACAGAGUACAUAGAGCCUUGUGAAGUCCAGAGCCAAAAUGUUGGCUGGAGAAACAUGGUAGAAUGCAACAUUACCUAAUGAAUACUGUAAUCUACAAAAAAAAAAAAAAAAUCCAAGGUGCAUACAGGCUGCUAGACUGCUCAAAAGUGCAGAUUUCCGCUCCUGGAUACAAUACAUACACGCUUCCAUUGAGACCUAAGCUGUAGAAGUUAAAGAAAGCUUCUACAUUGAGCUAAUGCAGUUGGAGUAGCAUACACAAAAGGAGAAGGGGUUUUUCGAAGAAGCUUUUAGAGAAGAGAUUACCUGGCCAGACAAUUUUUCUGAUAAUAAAGUCAAUUAUCAUAAGUCAUCCUUGAUCUCCAGCUCUUUGAGUCUUAACUCCAGUUCAUCAUCCUCGUCAAUAUCUUCACUUUCAGGAUCAUUCUCAUCCAAGAGGACAAGCACGUCAGCAAGCUCUUGAAUGUUUUCUUCACUUCAUCAAAGCCCUUUUCAUCGGAUAAGAAAUUGCCAUUCAAAUUGAGCAACUGGCUUAUUCCCCGCAGCUUGUGCCAAGAUCCUCCUCCAGCUCUUCUAGUUGCAUUUGUGCUCAAAUCAACCUCGUUCAACUAGCCAUGCCCAGUCUCUAUAGCCUUAGAUAUCAAGAUAGCGCCCUCAUCCUUCAGCGCAUUGUCGGCUAGGUGAGAAACUGCUCAGCCAAGGAAGAAGCACAGUUUGCAGUAAUGUCAUUGCCGGCCAUAUCCACAGGUAAGAGCCAAAAACAGAUUUGCUUAGAGCAACUCCAGCAUCUACACCAAACAUGUUGUCAAGAAUUAGUGAAAGUGAGCAAGCGUCAAUUGAUAUAAGAGGUUAGUUGCCCGCUUCCAAGAACAACGCCGCCAUCUACCCUGCCGCCCGAUGCCACCAAUCCAUAGACGAAGAAAUUGGCCAGCAGCUCUUGGAGGUUCGGGAUCGACAGCAGGAGAGGAUGACGAAGCUAGACGAGCAACAGCGCAAGGCCCAGGAGCAUGAGACGGAGUUGGUUCGUCUUCGAGCUGACGUCUGACAUUAAAAACGACUGAUGGAAUGGAAUGGAGUUGGUAGUCAAGGGGGCUGAGCAGGCGGGAGAUGCACGACGAAAGGAGGCGCGCUUGGGAGAUUCGCUGAGGCUAGCCGCUAGCCUUGCCGGUAACGGCACGAGAGCGGCUUGGGGAAAUCUCACGGGAACGAAUCAGGUCAGUAACCAUGAGUAACCAGCCCAUAUCAGCAUGACAUUGGCAUUUCUCUCUCCUGAAAAGUCUUUAAUUUUUCCCUUCUUAAUUUUUGACGGACGAUUUCUCACUCGUUUUAAGUCGAAAUUUAAUUUUUUUGCACAGUUAGAUCAGAUUAAUUGUGCUCUUCAAAAUAAUAUCCACUUUGAUAUAUUUUUCGAACAAAAAAAAUUGAGCCAUUUUUUACCAGUCUAUACCAUAUGGUAUUGACUGUUAUUGAAAUAAGAACAUACCUAUGGU